AUAAGGCAUUCGUUUGAUGAACUUUAAAAGGAGGAUCAGUGUCCUCGGCUCCUAGCGUUUCGCUAAAGGUGUCAUUCUACCUUGAUUCUCUUUUACAGGAACAACUUGACAUCCUGGCUGUAUAAUGUUAUUACCCACGCACUAGGUGAAUGCUACGUGCAAAAACUCCUCGUGCAAAUUCAGAGGCAGAUCUCAACAUGCAAAUUACCACGUUGUCACGAAAUUUUUCGUUUCACAUCCGGACGUAAUUAUUUUCAGGUCUCAUCCGGUCGGCCAGACGUCAAUCGGUCUCUCGUGGAAUUUCUUCAGGUUUCCCAACCCCAUCCGUUUCCUAUUACUGUAUUCCAUUGGAGGAUUUCACAAAGUUCCCAACUUUCCAUUCCGCAUAUUGAGUAUCUAGAGCACAAACGACGCUAAUCCGAUGAUCGAUCACGUCAAUGUCAACCGGAUGCCUGAUAGUCACUCUCCCUUCCGUUUCGUACACUUUCGAACGGGCACCCUUUCACCCUUUCACCCUUUCGCACGGCUGCCUCCGCAACAGGAAGCUUUUCCUUCCCCCUUAGAGCAGAGUUAAACCAUCGUGAAUUCUACCACAGCGAACUUACCCUUCGCGUCGAUGAAAUUUCUCCUUGGAGGCUGCCUCGAACCCAAAUCUUCGAAACUUUGCCGGUUAAGCCAUUAAAUCUCAUUACAGUUUGCGACGGAAGACACAGGGAGACGCAGCAUCUUCCGGCGAGCGUGAUCGUCAUCAACAGGGACCAGGUUCACUGAUCCAGCAAGGAACUAAGGGGAGUAAUUCAAAUACGGCAGAUUGUCAAGUUUUAACAGUUGGCCGUUGCAGCAGAAUCUUGGACAAUGGAACGACGCCAGUGGUUGCCAAUGGUUGCCAACGGUUGCCAGCGGUAGCUGCUUCGAUUGUCCCGAGUUUUCGUGUAUCUGGAAUCUAGGCAGCCCUACCUUCUCUAUCCACUCUCCCUGUAUCUUGAAUUAUGUAACGCGGUCCGGUGGCGUUGAGUCGAGUUCUGCUCUUGUCGACCCUCACCGGAUUAAGGAGGUUUCGAGCAACGGUGGAAAUUCUGGAGAUUUCAUGUAGAGAAUGUUUGAUCUAUUCGCACCCGUGAAGUGCCUCCUGAAGGAGGAGCCCGUGCAAGUCGAUGAUUUGGUCUUCAGACUGCAUUCCAAAGUAACUGUACUCUUCCUGGCUGUGUGUGCCAUCCUGGUCACGGCUAAGCAGUUCGUCGGCGAUCCUAUAACCUGCAUUACGGAUUCCAGUAUAGAUAAAGAACCCAUAAACGCCUACUGCUGGAUCUACAGCACGUUCACAGUGUCGAGACAUCUAGCCGGUAUUACUGGUCGCGAAGUUGCCAGUCCUGGCGUAGGGCAGGUUCUUCACGACGACGAGAUACACCAUCACCGCUAUUAUCAGUGGGUCUGCUUCGUCCUGGCCCUUCAGGCUAUCCUGUUCUACUUACCACGUGCCCUCUGGACCAUCUGGGAGCGGAACACCGUGUGGUUCCUUUCGCGGGAUCUCUCCUCGCCCUUCCUCAGGGACGCCUGGACGACAGACAGGAAAUCACAGCUCGUCGAGUACUUCACCAGCAGUGAUCUUCACUCCCGCAACUUUUACGCCCUUCGCUACUUCACCUGCGAGUUCCUCAACUUCUUUAAUGUAGUUGCCCAGAUAUACCUUCUCGACCUCUUUCUCGAGGGACAGUUUACAAAGUACGGACCUGCCGUUGCUGCCUUCGCCACGGAGACGAAUCCUUUUCAACGAGUAGACCCAAUGGCCAGGCUUUUUCCCAAAGUCGCCAAAUGUACGUUUCACACCUUCGGAUCGGCUGGCUCGACACAGACACACGAUGCUCUUUGUGUGCUCCCGCUGAACGUUGUCAACGAAAAGAUCUUUGUGUUCAUUUGGUUCUGGUUUUUUUUUUUGGCUGUUAUUGGGGCCACUAUGCUCAUUUACAGGAUAAUAGUAUUCUCGCAGCCUUGGGCUCGUAUAUACUUGCUGCGAGCAUCGGCUAGGGUUAUGUCUCACACGAUGGCGGAAACCGUAGUUCGGACACUUCAAUUUGGUGACUGGUUCCUCCUGCAGCAGCUUGCUCACAACCUCAAUCCUAUCAUCUACAGAGAGCUCAUCCGUGAAUUGGCGAGAGAAUUUGAUAAAACAAUUAAUAUAGUUUAACUGUGCUAAUAUUGUUGGAUAUUCGCACUAAGUUACUUUUUCAAUUUGUAUCAGUUAAACCCAUCAAUAAAUGGCCGUAAU